UGUGUCGACAUGUCUGCUGCCAGCAGUCUGCUGUCUGAAGACCAGUUUCUGUGCUCCAUCUGUCUGGAUGUGUUCACUGAUCCAGUCACCACACCAUGUGGACACAACUUCUGCAAAAACUGCAUCACUGAGCACUGGAAUAUCGCUAAUCAAUACCAGUGUCCCAUAUGUGCAAAGUUUUUCCAUGUAAGACCUGAUUUGAGGGUCAACACUUUCAUCUCAGAGAUGGUUGCUCAGUUCAGACAGACGGCUCAACAGGAAGCCAACAGCAGCAGCUCAGAGCAACAAAAGUCCAAACCAGGAGAAGUUCCCUGUGACGUCUGCACUGGAACCAGACUGAAGGCCCUGAAGUCCUGCCUGGAUUGUCUGGUCUCCUACUGUGAGACUCACCUGGAGCCUCAUCUGACAGCUUCACGUCUGAAGAGACAUCAGCUGAUCGACCCUGUGGAGAACCUGGAGGGCAGGAUGUGUAUGACACACGAUAAACCUCUGGAGCUGUUCUGUAAGACUGACCAGACAUGUGUCUGCAUGCUGUGCACCUAUUCAGACCAUAAGACACAUAACUUUGUUCCUCUUAAAGAGGAAUAUGCUGAAAAGAAGGCAGAGCUGGGAAAGACAGAGGCUGAAAUUCAGCAGAUGAUCCAGAAGAGACGACUGAAGAUUCAGGAGAUCAAACAGUCAGUGAAGCUCAGUAAAGAAGACGCAAACAGAGAGAUAGAAGAAGGUGUUCUGAUCUUCACUUCUCUGAAAGAGUCUGUUGCGAGAGACCUGAAUGAGCUCAUCAAAACGAUAGAAGAGAAGCAGAAAACAACAAAAAAACUGACCAAAGUUUUCAUCCAAGUGCUGGAACAAGAAAUCUCUGAGCUGAUGAAGAGGAGCACUGAGGUGGAGCAGCUCUCACGCUCUGAGGACCACCUCCAUCUUCUCCAAAGCUUCUCGCCUCUGAAGGAUGUUCCAACCACCAUAGACUGGACAGAGGUCAGCGUCCAUCCAGCAUCAUAUGAGGGGACUGUGGUGAGAGCUGUGGCUCAGCUGGAGGAGACGCUCAGUAAAGAGAUGAAGAAGCUGAUUGAAGCAGAGCUGAAGAGGGUCCAGCAGUAUGAAGUGGAUGUGACUCUUGAUCCUGAUACAGCAAAUCCCAGUCUCAUCCUGUCUGAUGAUGGGAAACAAGUGAAUCAUGGUGAUGUGAAGAAGAAUCUCCCAGAAAAUCCAGAGAGAUUUUCUACCGGUCUCUGUGUUUUAGGAAAGCAGAGUUUCUCUUCAGGCAGAUUUUACUUUGAGGUUCAGGUUAAAGGAAAGACUGCAUGGGACUUUGGAGUCACCAGAGAAUCGAUCAACAGGAAGGGACUAAUCAUACUGAGUCCCGAGGAUGGUUUCUGGACUAUAUGGCUGAGAAAUGGAAAUGAGUACGAAGCUCUUGACGCACAUGUUGUCAGUCUCUGUCUGAAGUCUCCGCCUCAGAAGGUGGGGGUGUUUGUGGAUUAUGAGGAGGGUCUGGUCUCCUUUUAUGAUGUAGAUUCUGCAGCUCUUAUCUACUCCUUUACUGGCUGCUUCUUCACGGAGAAACUCUACCCAUACUUCAAUCCCGGGCUUGAUGAUGAUGGUAAAAACUCUGCUCCUCUAAUUAUCUCUCGUGUCAGUCACUCGAAAUAGACUACUCACUUUAUUUUCUACAAAAAGAUUCAGUAUCACGCAAGAUACUGAACAUGGGUGUGGACUGUUGUCACAAUACUUGGACUCAAAAUCAAGUCAUGGGUUUGAUGAUUCCAUAUUCAACAAAAUCCAUUCAAACGUCUCGUGACUGUUCAUAGAAGUGAGACUUCUGUGUCGAAGGAC